AUGCUUCCCAAAGUAAUAGUAUUUGGAGGUACUGGAAGUUUAGGUACAGCUUUAGUUAAGCACUUUAAGAAAAAUAACUGGGAGGUUACUUCUGUUGGCACAUUAGAUAAUUCAGAAGCAAAUCAUAAUAUCAUUGUGUCAAUUGGUGAUACUUUAGAAGUACAAGGAGAUAAGGUAUUGAGACAAGCCACUGAAAUAUUAAAAUCAACUGGUGGCGAAGGAAAUAAAUACAAUGCAAUUUUAUGUGUUGCUGGUGGUUUUUUGAUGGGGAAUGCUGCAGAUAAAGAUUUUUUAAAGAAUUCAGAUCUAAUGUUAAGAAAAUCAGUUUAUUCUUCAUUAGUUGCUUCACAGUUGGCAGCAAAACAUCUUAAAGAUGGAGGUCUUUUAUUAUUGACUGGUGCAUCUUAUCCAAGAUUAUAUGGAACACCUGCUUUUAUUGGAUAUGGUGCUUCAAAAGCAACAGUGCAUCAUCUAAUACUUAGCUUGUCAGCUGAAGGAAGUGGCAUGCCUAACAAUUCAAAAGUUGUUGGGAUUUUACCAACAACAAUUGAUACGCCAGCAAAUCGUCAAAGUAUGAGCAACGCUGAUAUUUCUAAUUUUACACCUUUAGAUGAAAUAUCAGAAUUAGCAAUUUUAUAUUUAAGUAUUACGAAAAUAACAAUUGUCAUCAAAGUUGAUAACGCUGAUGUUAUUUGUAAACAAUCGUGA